GUGUGGGGGGUGUGACGGCUGCUCGGUCCUGCAGCGUCACAGAGAGCUGACGAGUCAACACAGAAGAAGUAAGAGUUUAUUCUCAUUCCUGGAGACAACAAGCGGCUUGUACCUGCUCUGAUUUUCUGCCUUUUUUUCUGCUCGAAAUGUCGGAAGUGAUCCAGCCACCACCUGUCAGUGCUGCUGUUCCUGCAGAGCAAUCAAAGUUCAAGACAAGUGAUGAUGUCGCUUUCUACAAGAGACAGGUCAGAGGUCCAAACCCGGAGUAUCGCACCCAGUUGGACACCAUGGUGCUGACAGAGAAGGAGGCCCGUUUUGAACUGUUGCAGCCUGACUCACAGAAGUCGCUGCUCCUUUCUGUGUUACCUUGCAAAAACAACACCGUAAGGAUCCUAAUCGACGAGCUCCAGCCCAUUAAAGCACGCUAUCGAGUUCCAGAUGUGCUUGUGGGGGAACCAGAGGGAGAACGGAUGAGAGUGGAGAGAAAGUCGAAGGACUCCGUCACCCUCUCCUGGUCUUCGGGGCGUCACCAGGUUCGUGUGUGGCAUUUCCCCUUCCGUCUGGAGAUCCUGUGCGAGGACGAGGUGAUGGUUACGUUCAACUCUAAAGGCAAACUGUGGUUCGAGACUCUGCAGGAUCCACCCAGGGCCACAUCUGAUAGUAGUGAGCUUGAAGACGAACACACAAGUUCAUUAUGGAAAGAGACGUUCAAAACGUUUGUGGAUAUCAAAGCUAACGGUCCCAGCAGCAUUGGGUCAGAUCUUUGUUUCCACGGGUUCAGUCACGUGUACGGGCUUCCAGAACAUGCUGACGACCUGCAGCUCAGAGACACCAGAGAUGGUGAACCGUAUCGACUGUACAACUUGGAUGUCUUCGCCUAUGACGUGUACAGCCGCUUUGGCCUGUACGGGUCGGUGCCGCUGUUGGUUGCCCACAAGCCCGACAGGACUUUGGGUUUAUUCUGGCUGAACGCAUCCGAGACAUAUGUGAACGUUCACUACAGCCCACCUGAGCAUCAGGAUGACCAAACACCUCCAGUGAAAGAGAUCCAGAAGCAGACUGACGUACACUGGCUGUCAGAGAGUGGUGUGAUUGACUGCGUGGUUCUGCUCGGGCCCGGUCCACAGCAGCUGUUCUGCCAGUAUGCUCAGCUGACAGGGUAUCAAGCCCUGCCCCCUUUGUUUGCACUCGGGUACCACCAGUGCCGCUGGAACUACAACGACGAAGCUGACGUGAAGGCUGUCGACGCUGGAUUUGAUCAGCACGAUAUUCCGUACGACGUCAUCUGGCUGGAUAUCGAGCACACGGAUGGGAAGCGUUACUUCACCUGGGACCCUGAUAAUUUCCCUGAACCAGCUGCGCUGCAGCACCACCUGCAGAAGAAGAAGAGAAAGUUGGUAGUUAUCAGUGAUCCCCAUUUCAAGUUUGAUCCUGGUUGGCUGCUGUACAAUGAGGCCAGAGAGGGCGGGCACUUUGUCCGGGACAGAGAGGGGCAGAUCUAUCUGGGCUCAUGCUGGCCUGGUGCGUGCUCUUACCUUGACUUCACUAAUCCAGACACUCGAGCGUGGUACUCCAGAUGUUUCAGCCUGGAAGAGUACAAGGGAUCAACGCCAUCGUUAUUUCUGUGGAACGAUAUGAAUGAACCGUCUGUGUUCGGUGGGCCGGAGCAGACGAUGCCAAAGGACGCAGUGCAUCAUGGGGGCUGGGAACACCGGGAGUUGCACAACCUGUACGGCUUCUACCAGCACAUGGCCACAGCCGAGGGUCUGAUAGCUCGCUCGGGGGGCUCAGAGAGACCUUUCGUCCUCACACGCUCCUUCUUCGCUGGGUCACAGAGAUAUGGAGCGGUCUGGACCGGUGACAACGUCGCCACGUGGGAAUAUCUGAAGAUCUCGAUUCCAAUGAUUUUAUCUUUAAGCGUCACAGGGAUAGCAUUUUGUGGAGCCGAUGUCGGUGGGUUUUUCCGGGACCCUGAGCCGGAGCUGCUGGUGCGCUGGUACCAGGCCGCCGCUCUGCAGCCAUUCUUCCGAAGUCACUGCGCCAUAUGGUCGAAGCGUCGGGAGCCCUGGCUGUUUGGAGAGGAGGUCACCGCUGCAAUCCGCACUGUGAUCAAACAGAGGUACUGUUUGCUGCCCUUCUGGUACACUCUCUUCUACCAGGCUCACACCUCAGGUCUGCCUCCACUCAGACCUCUGUGGGUGGAGUUCCCGAGAGAGGAGAGCACCUUCAGCAUGGACAACCCGUAUAUGAUUGGUGGAGCUCUGCUGGCCUGUCCUGUCAUCAAACCAGACGUGGAAGAAAUCAAAGUCUUACUUCCAGGAUCUGAUGAGGUGUGGUAUGAUGUCCACUCUGCAGAGUCGUAUAAAGGAGGCAGGACUCUGAGUCUUCCAGUCACCCUGGACACAGUUCCUGUGUUCCAGCGAGGCGGCUCGGUGGUCUGCAGGUCGGUGGGAAGUGGCUCCUGUACGGCCGAAUACAAGGAGCUCCCCCUCAACAUCACUGUGGCCCUCAGCUCUCAGGGUCUUGCUGAUGGUGAGCUGUACCUGGACGACGGCCACUCCUUCAGCUACCGGGACAGAAAGGCCUUCUGUCUGCGCAGGUUCAACAUGCUGUCAGGCCGUCUGCUCUGCCGUCCUGCCAGUGAAGAAGGAACGUUCGACUGUGAUACGGUGAUUCAGUCGGUCACCGUCCUCGGGGUGAAGAAGAAACCGUCCACAGUGGUCGUGCAUCUGUCAGGUGCAAAAGAUUCCUCUGCUGCUUUUCAGUACACGGAGUCCAGCCGCAUGCUGACAGUGAGCGACCUGAACCUCAGAGUGACAGAAGACUGGGAGAUACAGAUACUGUAGGUUUACUGUCAACGUCACUGAUUAUCACUCCAAUGGAUUUCUUAUACAAACACAUGUGUAUUUAACAUAUGUCUCAAAACCAGCACUUGAGGGAAAUUAUGCACCACAAUAAUUCUAUUUUUAAUUAUUUAAUUGUAUUUGAUUUCAGAUUAGAUUUUUUGAGCCCACUGAAUUCUGUAUUUCUUUUAACACAAGUUGACUGAAGAGAAACAUCUUAAUCUGUGAAUUAUGAAAUUGUAAUAAUCAAAGAGAAACUGUGUUUUUUAAAGUUGUUGAGUGAAAGUUUACUGAAUAAAUGUCAAACUGAUUUCACUCGUAA